CGCCCCGCGCCGUCCGCGCGCCCCGCUCCACCAGCGCCUCGGGCAUCCAAAGCGCACCCGACGCUCGUGCAGCCAGCGCCACCCUCCGCAUCCUGCAUCCUGCACCCCGCAUCCCGCGCUGUCUCCUCCUCCGACCGCUCUUCCUCCUCCUCCCUCUCCUUCUCCUCCUCCGCCGCCGCCGCCGCCGGACACGCAGCCGCAGGCCGGGGCCGGGCCGCAGCUGGGGAGUCAGGGACGCGCAGCCAGCCCUUCCCCCUCCGGCUCCCGCACCGCCCGCCGCCUCCCCUCGCCCUCCUCCUCUCCCCUCCCUGCUCCUUCGCUUCUUCCUCCUCCUCCUCCUCCUCCUCCUCUCCCGGCCCCAGCUGCCAGCACCAUGUCCGCAGGGGGAGAUUUUGGGAACCCACUGAGAAAAUUCAAGUUGGUGUUCCUGGGGGAGCAGAGCGUCGGAAAGACGUCUCUGAUCACGAGGUUCAUGUAUGACAGCUUUGACAACACAUACCAGGCAACCAUCGGAAUUGACUUCUUGUCAAAAACCAUGUACUUGGAGGACCGUACGGUUCGACUGCAGCUAUGGGACACAGCUGGGCAAGAGAGGUUUCGCAGCCUGAUCCCCAGUUACAUCCGGGACUCCACGGUGGCUGUGGUGGUAUAUGACAUCACAAAUCUCAACUCCUUCCAGCAGACCUCUAAGUGGAUUGAUGACGUCAGGACAGAAAGGGGCAGUGACGUGAUCAUCAUGCUUGUGGGCAACAAGACGGAUCUGGCUGACAAAAGGCAGAUAACCAUUGAGGAAGGGGAGCAGCGCGCCAAAGAACUGAGCGUCAUGUUCAUUGAGACCAGUGCAAAGACUGGGUACAACGUGAAGCAGCUCUUCCGACGUGUGGCAUCGGCUCUGCCCGGCAUGGAGAAUGUCCAGGAGAAAAGCAAAGAAGGGAUGAUCGACAUCAAGCUGGACAAGCCCCAGGAGCCCCCAGCCAGCGAGGGUGGGUGCUCCUGCUAAUGCAGAGCCCACCGUGGCUUCCUCAACACUACUCGCUUGUUGUUGCUUCCUAUUGGUUAGCUUCCUAAUGGGGUGGGAAAUGAGUUUAUCAAGACGGGAGGAUCUUUCUUUUCUCUCUCUAGGAGUAGGGUGGGACAUGGGGAGGGAGGCUGGGCAUCAGGGACCACGUCACUUAACAGCUGUUAGUUAAACAACUAUUUUUUGGUUUGGUUGUAAUAUAUUGUACUUUAUUAAGAUUGCCAAAAACUGUUAAAAUUUAAAAAAAUUUAAAUCAUGUGUAUACAACUUUUUGCCAGAUAAAAAAGUAGUCAUUUUUAUUUGAAAGAUGUGCUUUUUUUUUUUGUAUAUUUGUAAACUUACAGAGAAACUUUUCCACACACCUCCUCCUUCCUGUACUCUUCAAACUGUUUGUCACCUCUAACUUCCUCCCAUCCCCAGCCCAGUAAAUUAAAACAAUUAACUGAGCAACAGUAAUUAGGUUCUAGUCCUGGGCCACAUGGCUUAAACCAACCAGACCCUUGCUCUAGACUCCCCACAGGCAAAUCAAACAAAACAGCCUUGAGGGGACGUUGUUCAGUCCUUCCUUGGCAGAGUGGGGCAUUCGUGGGGCCCCGAAUGGGAGUGGCAGCCAACAGCAGACCCCUGAACCAUUUUCUGUCUCUUCUCCAACCCUGAGAAGCCUUGAAGAGGGCUGAGGGGACAGGCAAUGUGUUCUCUCUGCACCCACCCAGUGACCAGCAGAGCAAGAGAUCACUGGAAGGACGGGGUGCUUUUGGCAACUGAGGGCUGAGGCGAUGUGUGGUUCUGACGCAUGUAACUGGGCUGACUUGCAAACUCAGUACUGUGCUGGGUAGUGUGCCCUGAAGCCCUCCUUCUGGCAAGUCAGGGAACCUGGGCCACAUGCGGCUGGUGCACCUGUGACUGGGGAAGCGAGGGGUGUCUGCAGAAGAACCCCACUUUGAACAAUACAUGGUCUCAGACCCUUGGUUGCUAAUCUUGCUGAGUUCUGUUCUAGAAAAGUCGAUUUCUUGUGUUUUCAACCCACUGGCAUGAUACAGUUGAAAUCUUUGUCCACAUACCUUUGUGAAAAUUGUGGGUGCACUGUGAGCAUCUAAGGAAGGGGUUUCGGUGGGGUUUCCAGAGGAUUGCCCCAGGCACUGCGACCUGCCCCCAGUGAGCCACCCUUGCCAUUUCCACUCCUUCUGGUAAUGCUUUAGUCCUCAGGACCUGUAAAAUCUCUAAGAAAAUGUUCUCAAGUGACAUAACUACUGAGCAUUCUAGUUGCACCCAGACUCACUGCCUCAGUCCUGCCCCAAACCAGGCAGGAGCAGUGACUCUAGUCAAAACAUACCAACUCCAGCUGGCAUUGGCUUUUCUCCAACGUGGUGUUUGGGAUGAAUUUUGGAACUUCUCAGAAAUGAAUCCUAAACAGCAGCGCUGAUCUUUGUGAGUGGGCCUGCUGCUGUGUCACAGCCAGUUCUGGUGAAUGCAGGAGAAUGCAGGGUGCCCCUGGGCACCCCUUCCAGAAGGCAAGGACCAGUGGACGAGCGCACUUCAGAUGUCAUGUGUUUAGCUUUUAUAUGUGUGUACAUACUUAUACAUAGAGAUAGACUUGCGUGUACACCUUCCACAGAAACAUCCUCACACACGUACAUGUGCUCACUGUAUAUUCUUGUCCUUUCUGCUCUCAAGUUGGAAAUUGCGUUGUGAUUCCAGUUUUGGAAAUUCAAAAGUACUGCAAUGUGUUGAAAUAAGAAAUACUCAAUAUUGUCAAAUAACUUGUGAUUGUCUUGCCAUCAAUAAAAUAAUGCAUAGAUGUGUUAAACUACAGGCAAAAAUAGCCCAUGGAGCUUUAUGUACUUGUAUGCACCAGUGUGCAUGCCUGUGUGGGCCAGUGUCCCCCCAGUGUGGGCACACCCCCAAGUGGUGCUUGUUGGAAGAAGGUUUACUUACCUCGUGAUUUAUAGGUGUCCAUGUGAAAGCAGCCUGGUUGGUAGUGAGGGACCUCUCUGGUGGCCUCUGGCAGAACCAGAGGGACAGGGAUCUGUUCUGGGUUUCAGUGAAUGAAUGUAUGGUGGGUUUUCAACUUCUUGGCACUGAAGAAUAAGCUUUCUUGUAUUCCUCAGUAGUGACUCAGCUCUCUUCUCAUGUGCACACGACCUCCAGACACCAUGGUCUGCUGUCAGAAACAGCAGGAGACAUGGCAGAUGUCACUGCACUGCCGUGGCCUAAGAGUCCUGUUUUUCUAGCUUGUACACAGUACCCUCUCUUGAUUGAGUCUAGACCUUCCCAGUCCCAUUGUCUGAGGGCCAGGGUACUGCCCCAUUUUGCUCCCACCUCAACAGUGCCCUGCCUUUCCCUUCUUCCCUUCCCUCAGCCAGGCUGCCCAUCUCCUCUUCUGGAGGCCAUUAAGGCAGCCGGGCCUCUCACAGAAUUGUGUUGGCUCCUGGGCUCUCAUCUUAACCACACCAUCAUUGUCCUACUUACAGGUAGGAUCUUGACUCAAAACAUGGUCAGCUUCUCUUGAAGAUGUCCUGAAAUUACCUGUGUCCCCAUCUUUGCUGAAUCUAGAGUCGUAGACAGAGAAUGACACAGAGGAGUCCUUUGAGGACAUAUCUCAGCUGAGACACCCAGUUCCUCUCCCCAGACUAGAUCUGGCCUGGCGGAUGGACAGGGCCCUCUUCUUUUGAUCCUCUUUUUUUUUGGAAGUCUUGAAGGAGAGUUGUCAGCAAAGCUUCUGUUCUGCGAGCACUGGAGAAAUAGUGUAUAGACCACAAAGGCCGGUGGCAUCGCUACACCACAUGCACACAAAAAUGAAGGCGUGACAUCAGCAUCGGGUGUGCUCAGGUGCAGCUGCAAGCUCAGAGGUUAGUCUGCUUGGUGGUCAGAGCCUCACUGCUGCCACUGUCACUACUCCCUUCCUGCCAACAUCCUUAAACAUUCAGCAGUGUCCCCAGGUCCUAGGAAGAGCCAUGCCACAUCAGUUAAAUGUCUCAGGCAACAGAAAUGAGAGUUGAAAGGUGGCAGCUGAGAGUAUAGACAAUCCUGGGCACACUGACUCUGUUAACCAAUGGCUGGCCAAUGCUGUCUAGCCAGUGCCUGUCCUCCAGUAUCUAAUGUGACAGUAAAUGGGCAGCACUGCUGCCUUCAGUGUCCUGCAGAUAGAACAGCUCAUUCCUUCUCUAGAUGGAAGGGAGAAAGCCUGUCAGGACAGACCAGGUGGCUGAGGCCAGUGAGUCAGAGCCACACGGGGGCAGCUAGCAGGAGGAAGUCUGAGUGUGUCAAAUGCUCAGGGCUGUACGCUUACUAGUUUCCAAACUACCUCUCCCCAAAGAAUGGGAGGCAUUGUUACCUUACCACAGCAGUGGGAGGCCGAGGUCCCAAGACCCGUCCUGUUUCACAGGUGGGAAAACCAAAUCAGACAGGGUCACCUGCUUACUAUGAUCACCCAGCAAGCCAGAAGUGAUCAGAACCAGAGUGCUGGCAUUCUUCAUCCAUUGCUGAUCUGGGUGUACAUACAGGAUGCAUCCCAACAGACAAGUCUGCAGCAUGUGUGUCCCUCAGGCCAUCUCUACUCUGUGACUGACUCUGUGGUUAGAACAAAAGGUAUUCAUUCCCAGGCUGAGUAGCUAGAGGAGAUAGGUAUAUUUUCACUGCAAAGGGUAUAGUCCUCAGAUCGGCUUCGAUUGUCUCGUAUACACACACACACACACACACACACACACACACACACACACACAAGUCAGGGCACCCUUUUGUGUUUGAAAUCAAUCUCUUAGGUAUUCCAAAACCUUGCAGUUUCAAUGUGUUAAUCUUUGGACUCCAGACUCUGAUUAACAUACUCCUCUACAGGGUGUGGUUUAUUAGGAAAACAUUGCAACAUGAGUUCUGAUGCUUCCUUCAGGAGGCAAGAAGCCUCCAAAGCAUCGAAAGUCAGCCUGCCUUCAUGUGUGAUGACUUCCCUCACCUUCUUCUCACCCGUCCUUUAAUGUAAGGAACACAGAGGGUGGCAUUUCCAUCUUCAAUGGGCUCAGAAGGCAUAGCGGCCAUAUUGACUUUAUAUUCAACUGUGUGAUAUGUGGAAAAGACUCAGCAUGUUGGUCAAACAAUAAACUGUCCUAAUUCUCAACACAAA